AUGGGCAAGAAAACAACCAUCUUCUCGGGCGUCUUCCUGUCCGUGGGAGGCUUUCUUUUUGGCUAUGAUUCAGGCAUCAUCACCUCAACAAUUUCCCUGCCAACCUUCGAGGAGUACUUCUCGCAGCCGUCAGACACGGUCGUGGGCGGUAUCGUCUCGUCCUUCCAGGGCGGUGCCAUCCUCGGAACCAUCUUCAACAUGGUCUUCGCCCACAUGCUGGGGCGCCGUCUCACAAUUUUCAUCGGGGCCCUGGUCUCGCUAUUCGGCUGCGCGCUCCAGGCCGGCGCCAUCAAUAUGACCAUGCUCAUAGUAGGUCGCUUUAUUGGCGGGGUGGCUGUCGGACAGCUCACCUCUACGAUCCCCAUGUACGCCUCGGAGCUUUCAGAGCCUCAGUACCGCGGGACCCUCGCCGGUCUACUGCAGUGGUCCUUAAGCUGGGGCUUUUUUGUGGCUCAGUGGCUCGGCUACGGAUGCUCGUUUGUUGCUGGCCACUUCUCAUGGCGGUUCCCACUCGCUUUCCAGACCGUUCCCGGUCUGGUUCUUGUUGCGGGCGUCUAUUUCCUCCAGGAGUCACCUCGUUGGCUCAUGGAAAGGGAUCGCCACGAAGAAGCGCGCAAGUCACUAAUUGUGCUCCGAAACCAUCUCGAAGAGGAAAGGAUUGAGCUCGAAUUUCGCGAAAUCCGAGAUGUCAUUUUGGCUGACCGGGCUCUUGGCGACAUCUCUUGGAAGUCGAUUAUCACGAAGCCCUCAUGGCGUAGGCGUCUUAUUCUUGGAUGCGGCGUCCAGGCUUUCGGUCCUCUCAGUGGCAUCAACGUUAUCAACUAUUACGGCCCUCGUAUCUACAGCAUCCUCAACAUCCCCGUUCGCGAGUCUCUCCUCAUCAUUGGCAUCAAUGGCGCUCUUUCCAUCGUUUGGUGCAGCAUUGGUCUUUAUCUUCUCGAUAGGGUUGGUCGCAUCAAGCCCCUUCUCGUCUCCGCCACGGGCAUGGCCUCUGCGCUCCUCAUCAACGCUGUCCAAGGUCAAUAUUUCAACACUGAGAAUGCCAACCAGAUGCGAAGUAUGGUGGCUAUGAAUUUUCUGUUCAGUUUCUUCUAUACGCCUCUUGGGAUUAUCAGCUGGGUGUACCCUGCUGAAAUCUUUCCUGUUGAGGUCCGCGCCCUGGGUAAUGCCAUUACCACCUUCACUAAUUGGACUGUCAACCUUAUUUUUGCGCAAUUUACGCCCUUGGCUCUCACGGCGAUUGAGUUCGCCUAUUUCUAUGUUUUUUUCGCUCUCAAUAUUACCGCCUUUAUAUGUUACUGGUUCUUUUACCCAGAAACCAAAGGCCGCACGCUGGAACAGAUGGAUGAGCUCUUUGGCGACCAGAUCGUUCCUCAUGCUAUGAAGGACUCGGCUGCUGCCCAAGCCGCCUUCGAGAAGGACGAGAGCAUCGCCGCUCAACUCGAGGUGGCUGAAGCCAGACACAAUGCCUAG